UGCUUGUGUUCAACCGGAAGUACUUUGAACAGUAUACCAGUUAAAGUAUAAUCUUGAAUGUCGCAGUUUGUCAACUAGUUGAAUAGUGCAUGCACGAUGCUCUUUACUGUGUCACGGACGAGACGCUUGCGCCAGUGCGUGUCACGUCUUUUGCAAUGUCGCUACAUUCAGAAAGAACAUACUCAAACUAAUGGGGGUUUGAAGAAAGCAAUCUCUGCCUUCACAUCUGUGUGUGGUGAAGAUGGGGUCUCAACAGGGGAAACUGUCAGGGAACAACAUGGCAGGGAUGAGUCUGUUCACAGAUGUCGCCCUCCAGAUGUGGUUGUUUUUCCACGUUGUGUGGAGGAGGUCAGUGCCCUAGCCAAGAUCUGUUAUCGUCACAACCUUCCCAUCAUUCCCUUCGGCACCGGGACUGGUCUGGAAGGUGGCGUUGGCGCUUUGAAGGGGGGUGUUUGUUUCAGCCUCAGGAAGAUGGACCAGGUGCUGGACGUCCACCAGGAGGAUUUUGACGUGACCGUUGAGCCCGGUGUGACUCGCAAGGCCCUCAACUCCUACCUCCGGGACACUGGGCUGUGGUUUCCUGUAGACCCUGGGGCCGAUGCGUCCCUGUGCGGCAUGGCUGCCACCAGCGCCUCUGGUACCAACGCGGUGCACUACGGGACCAUGCGGGAGAACGUCCUGAACCUGGAGGUGGUCCUGGCCGACGGGUCGGUGGUGCACACCGCGGGGAAGGGCCGGCGUCCCAGGAAAUCUGCGGCGGGCUACAACCUCACCAACCUGUUUGUGGGGUCGGAGGGCACGCUGGGCAUCAUCACCAAGGCAACGCUGCGCCUGUAUGGCAUCCCGGAGGCCGUGGUGUCCGCCGUCUGCUCCUUCCCCUCGGUGCAGGCCGCCGUGGACAGCACUGUGCACGUCCUGCAGGCCGGGGUGCCCAUAGCCCGCAUCGAGUUCCUGGAUGACGUGAUGGUAGAUGCGUGCAACAAGUUCAACUCUUUGUCCUACCCUGUGACGCCUACUCUGUUCCUGGAGUUCCACGGAACAGAGGACAGCCUUGACGAACAGGUACGCACUACAGAGGAGAUCACGAGUGCCAAUGGGGGGGCCGAUUUCCAAUGGGCCCGAGAUGAGGGGACGCGAGCCCGCCUGUGGAAAGCCCGCCACGAUGCCUGGUAUGCUGCUCUGGCCCUCAGACCUGGUUGUAAGGCUUAUGCCACAGACGUGUGUGUUCCUCUAUCCCGCCUGCCUCACAUUAUAGUUGAGACCAAGGAAGACCUGAUCCAGAAUGGACUCACAGGACCCAUAGCUGGUCACGUAGGAGACGGUAACUUCCACUGUAUCAUGGUGCUGGACCCAGACGACUCAGACGAGGUCCAGCGGGUCCACCAGUUCACAGAGAGGCUGGCCAGGCGGGCGCUGGCCCUGGAGGGCACGUGCACCGGGGAGCACGGCGUGGGCCUGGGGAAGAGGGCCCUGCUGCGAGAGGAGAUGGGCCCCGGAGCCAUGGGCGUCAUGCAGAGCCUCAAGGAAUCCCUGGACCCCAAGAACCUGAUGAACCCUGGGAAGGUUCUAUGAAACUCUGCGUGUUAACCUGUCUGCCCUGUUUUACUGCUGAUUCAGGCACAGAGGGUGGGCUGAGGGUUUCUUUCAAUAAUAGCAUGUGUGGGUUGAACAUGAGCGCUCUUUCUCUUUCUCUCUCUUUCUUUCUCUUUCUCUCUAAUUUGAGUUUUGUUGAAUUAGUUGUAAUUUAUGAAAUAUUUGAUCCAUCCACUUCUGAUCUUUUUGUAUUUUAGGAUCAUAUUUUUCUGUUCUAUUCUUGUUAUUUAACUGGUUAUUAUUACAGUACUUCUUUGUGAGAAAACACUGUCAUACUGGUCUCGACUUGCAGUACAACGGCGGCUUGUAAUAUAUAAUUGGGCUUACAUAAAUGGUCAAACAACGUCUUGUAGACUGAAGGGAUAUGGUGCAAUAAGUAUAUGAGCCAGCAGGGGGGAGCAGCGCGGAGUUUUUAUCGGUCAGAUCAGGUCACUAAGGACAAACUCAUUCUUCAAGUUGUCAUUCGGAUUAUAUGCAGCCAAAUACUAUAAAUUCAUUCUUUAUUCUUUCUUUUUUGUUGUGAAAUGUUUUUUCAAUUUGACAGGAAACAAAAACAAUAAAUAAAUACCUCAAUCAUA